CGCUUCAUUCAUUUCCAUUCAUUUCUCUGCCCUAGCUCUCCUCCUCUCUCUCUCUCUCUCUCUCUCUCUCUAUUUUUCUCUCUGUUUCGCUUUCUCCUUUCCCGACUUCAAGCGAAGAUGCGUGAGAUCCUUCACAUCCAAGGGGGGCAAUGCGGCAACCAGAUCGGUGCCAAGUUCUGGGAAGUGGUGUGUGCUGAGCACGGCAUUGACCCGACGGGGAGAUACCAGGGCGAUUCUGAGCUUCAGUUGGAAAGGAUUAACGUUUACUACAAUGAGGCUAGCUGUGGCAGGUAUGUCCCUCGCGCUGUUCUCAUGGAUCUGGAGCCUGGUACCAUGGACAGCAUCAGGACUGGUCCCUACGGCCAGAUCUUCAGGCCGGACAACUUCGUUUUCGGUCAAUCUGGCGCCGGAAACAAUUGGGCGAAGGGUCACUACACAGAAGGCGCAGAGCUCAUCGAUUCCGUGCUCGAUGUGGUCCGUAAAGAGGCAGAGAACUGUGAUUGUUUGCAAGGGUUUCAGGUGUGCCAUUCUCUAGGAGGAGGAACUGGAUCUGGUAUGGGUACCCUUUUGAUCUCGAAGAUCAGAGAGGAAUACCCAGACCGAAUGAUGCUCACCUUCUCCGUCUUCCCAUCCCCGAAGGUCUCCGACACCGUUGUUGAGCCUUACAACGCAACCCUGUCCGUCCACCAGCUCGUCGAAAAUGCAGAUGAGUGCAUGGUUCUUGAUAACGAAGCUCUUUACGACAUUUGCUUCCGCACCCUCAAGCUAACAACCCCAAGCUUUGGAGAUCUGAACCAUUUGAUUUCUGCUACCAUGUCUGGGGUCACAUGCUGUUUGAGAUUCCCUGGCCAGCUUAACUCCGACCUUAGAAAGCUCGCCGUUAAUUUAAUCCCCUUCCCUAGGCUCCACUUUUUCAUGGUGGGUUUCGCCCCUUUGACAUCCCGAGGUUCCCAGCAGUACAGAGCCCUGACUGUGCCUGAGCUCACCCAGCAAAUGUGGGAUGCAAAGAACAUGAUGUGCGCCGCUGACCCACGACACGGCCGCUAUCUCACGGCCUCGGCCAUGUUCCGGGGCAAAAUGAGCACCAAGGAAGUGGAUGAACAAAUGAUCAAUGUUCAGAACAAGAAUUCCUCAUACUUCGUGGAAUGGAUUCCCAACAAUGUCAAAUCCACCGUUUGUGACAUUCCACCAACAGGGCUGAAGAUGGCUUCGACAUUCAUCGGGAACUCCACUUCGAUCCAGGAAAUGUUCCGCCGUGUGAGCGAGCAGUUCACGGCCAUGUUCAGGAGAAAGGCUUUCUUGCACUGGUACACAGGGGAAGGUAUGGAUGAGAUGGAGUUCACCGAGGCGGAGAGCAACAUGAACGAUCUGGUUUCUGAGUAUCAGCAGUACCAAGAUGCCACAGCCGAUGAGGAUGAGUAUGAGGAGCAAUACGAGGAAGAGGAAGCUCAAGACAUGUAAUGCUGUUAGUUAUGUAUGCGACCUGCUGCAACUUCCGGUUGCCAUUGAGGCUAUUCCGGAUAGCUGUAGGCCAUAUUUUAAUGUCGAAUCUUCAAGUUUGUUUCUUGUUUUUGGGUUCUUCCUUGUGCACUUGGAGACAUUUCAUGUGAUUCUGUCCGAUCAUAUGUUGUUCAUUGACAUAAAAACUCCUCUAUCGAUUUAUUAAUGCUGCUUCUGUGUUA